AGGCUGUGUCAGGCCAACAACACAGUUUCACCUGGUUUUAUCCAUCAGUAUACCGCAGAUUUUGCGAUGUUUUGGUUAUUAUUUAAAGUAACUAUGUUUAAAAAUAGUCAGAAUGACAAGCAGAUAACAUCCAAACAAAUUCUCCAUGUCAAAUAGCUUUAUUGAUAUACCAAUGACAUUUAUUGACAAGAUACAGUGCUGUAGUUAUUCAAAAUAAAGGGUAACUCUUUUUAUUUUUUUUUGGAGUAAACUUUUAGUUUAUAUUUAUAUAGCAACCCCUUUUAUAUAUUGGAAAAAAUAUAAAUUAAUAAAGACGCGUUCGAGGUUAUGUUGUGAACAAAAUUAUUAUUGUAAACAUAAAUUAGAAAAGUGUUUUUAUUUUUUUCUAUGACAGUGCAGCAGCAUGUUCAACCGGCAUAAUAUAAUUUUUGUUUUUUUUUUCUAUUUCUUUCACAAGUGAAUAAUAAAUUAUAAAAAAAUAAAAAAUAUUUAUUUUGUUUUUUUUUUUUUUCCUUUGAAUUAAUCAAUUUGUUUAUAUUUUUUUUUUUUAACAACUACUGUAUUAUUGAUUUUCUAUCUAAUUAGAAGUCGAGAAGAAUGCAGAUGAAGCUUUUUCAAGUGCAAGUAAUCAUCUACUAAAAUUCAUCACUAGACAACGAGCUCUAUCAAAUUUAAAGACUUAUGAAAAAUAAAAAAACUAAACCAACAGACAAAUUGUGAAAAUUCAAAUUGAUUUUUCAAAAUGUACAAACUACUACGUCGCGGUACUGGCCGUAUGUUUGUUUUCUGUAUUGUACUUGUGUCUUUGCUACUGUGUUUGUACUACGUGAGCCAAAUUCAAGCACCUUCAUCGGGUCAAUCACCUGGACUACUAACAGCAGUUGUAGCAAGAUAUGAGAGGCCAACAACAAUACAACCAGACUACAGUGAAGCCCCUGAUGUUAAAGUAUCAAUGGCAAGCUGUCCCCUAAUACGUCCAAGAACAACGGAUAUUGAAACCUAUGAAGAGUUUCAGAAGUUUGACUUCCAACCGUCUUGGAUGAGAAGCCGUGAGUACUGGGAUGACAGUUUUGAAGCACGAUACCUCAAGUUACGAAAGGAUCCUUCAAGACCUCCACUCAAGGUGAUUCUCAUGCCACACAGUCAUACUGAUCCAGGCUGGCUAAAGACAUUCGAACAGUAUUUUCACAGUUCAACUCGUGGAAUAUUAAAUAACAUGGUGACAAAAUUACAACAGUGGCCAAAUAUGACUUUCAUCUGGAGUGAAGUGUCAUUUUUAUCAUUAUGGUGGGAGAGUGCUCAUCCAACAAAAAGAGCUGUAAUCAAACGGUUGGUGAAAGAAGGACGACUAGAGAUAACGACUGGUGGCUGGGUGAUGACAGAUGAAGCAACCUCUCAUAUAUAUGCUAUGCUUGAUCAGCUUAUUGAAGGUCACCAAUGGCUAAAAUCAAAUCUUGGAGUAUAUCCAGAAACUGGCUGGUCAGUUGAUCCAUUUGGUCAUGGUAGUACUGUGCCACAUCUUUUAAAAGCUGCUGGUGGUACUGGGACAAUAAUUCAACGUAUUCAUUAUGCAUGGAAACAAUGGUUUGCUAAAAAACAAUAUGGUGAUUUUGUAUGGGUACAACCAUGGGAUCAAAUUGGUGAUUAUGAUAUGUUAACUCAUAAUCAACCAUUUGAUAUUUAUAAUAUUAAACACUCGUGUGGUCCACAUCCACAUGUUUGUUUAAAUUUUGAUUUUCGUAAAAUACGAGGUGAAUAUACAGAAUAUUCAGUACGUGCUGUUGAUAUUAAUUCAAAUAAUGUUAAACAAAUGGCUGAAUUAUUAUUGGAACAAUAUUCAAGAACUGGAUCAUUAUUUCCUCACAAUGUUGUAUUAAUGCCACUUGGUGAUGAUUUUAGAUAUGAUCAAGCAAUUGAAUGGGAUCAACAAUAUACAAAUUAUAAAAUAUUAAUUGAUUAUAUUAAUUCACGUAAAAAUGAAUAUAAUGCAGAAAUAAUAUUUGGUACACCAAAAGAUUAUUUUAAUGAAAUUAAUCAAAGAACACAAAAAUUUACAACAUUAAAAGGUGAUUUUUUUGUGUACAGUGAUAUAUUUAGUGAAGCUAGACCAGCUUAUUGGAGUGGUUAUUUUACAACAAGACCAUAUAUGAAAAUACUUGAUCGUGAACUUGAGGGUAAUUUAAGAUCAGCUGAAAUAAUUUAUACAAUUGCAUUAAAUAUUGCACGUCAAAGUGGUAAUGAUAUUAAAUUAUAUGAAACGUAUUUUGAAAAACUUGUUAAAGCAAGAAGAAAUUUAGGACUAUUUCAACAUCAUGAUGCAAUAACUGGUACAUCAAAAUCAUUUGUCAUGAAAGAUUAUGCAUUAAAAUUAUUUGAAUCAAUAACUGAUAUGACUAGUUUACAAAGUUUUGCAAUACAAUCAUUAGCUGCAAUAAAAACAAAAAGUACAAAUUCAAUAUAUGUAUUACCAGAAUCUGAUCGUGAUAGUUAUGAAAAAUUACCAAAAAAAAUACCAAUAACAAUAAAUCAUCAUGAAACAAGAAAAAUAAUCCUGUACAAUUCAUUAGCACAAUCACGUCAAGAAAUUGUUAAUGUUAAAAUUAAUUCACCAAAAAUACGUGUAUUAAAUCAACAUAAAUUACCAAUAAUAUAUCAAAUAUCACCAGUUAUGAAUUCAACAAAUAUUAAUCAUGAUUUAUAUGUAUUGCUAUUUAUUGCUGAUUUAAAACCUCUAUCAAUAACAACUUAUCACAUUGAAUACAUUGAUAAAAUACCAAUUGAUUCAAUAGCAACAAUAUAUUGUAAUAAAUGUGGUAAGGAUAAAUUAUUUCCAAUAAAAUCAAUGCAAUCAAGUGAUAUACAAUUAGAAAAUCAACGUAUUAAAUUAUUAUUUGAUGGUGAAAGUGGAUUUUUACGUCGUAUAACUAAAACAACAAGUGGUAAAAUAAUACAAUGUUCAAUACAAUUUGCAGCAUAUGCAUCAGCACAAUUUCAUAGUGGUGCAUAUUUAUUUAUGCCUGAUCCAAAUUUACGUGAUCAAGAUAAAGAUGUACUUGAUGAAUAUACACCAAAUCAAAAAAUAUAUAUAUCAUCUGGUAUACUUAGUUCAAUGUUAACUGUUGAAUAUGGUAAAUUAUUAACUCAUCAUAUAACAAUUUAUCAUAAUGAUGGACCACUUGCUGAAGCAAUUUAUAUUGAAAAUAUUAUUGAUUUUGAAACACCACCAAAAAAUCGUGAAACUGAAAUGUUUAUGAGAAUCCAAACAGACAUACAAAAUGGUGAUCCACCAGAAUUUUAUAGUGAUCAAAAUGGACAUCAAAUGAUUAAAAGAAAAAAAAUUGAAAGAAUUGGAAUUGAAGGUAAUUAUUAUCCAAUAACAACAAUGGCAUAUAUUGAAGAUAAUUAUCAUAGAUUAACAUUAUUAGUUAAUCAUGCACAAGGUGCUGCAAGUUAUCAGCCAGGUUGGCUUGAAGUUAUGCUUGAUAGAAGAACAUUGUAUGAUGAUUCAAGAGGUAUGGGUGAGGGUCUUCUAGAUAAUCGUAAAACAAUACUUAAACAUUGGUUAUUAUUUGAAGAAAUUAAUGAUAAACAAGAUACAGAAUUACCAAAACCAUCAUUAUUUGCUAAUCAUAUUAGUAAUGCAUUAAAUUAUCCAAUAAAUAUAUUUAUCAUUGAUGGAACAGAAAAUGAUAUAACAUUAAAAACAGAAGUUAAAUUACUUACUCAAAGUUUACCAUGUGAUUUACAUUUAUUAAAUUUACGAACAAAUCAUGAUCAAAAACUUUCACAUUUUCCAAUAAGUAGUGCAUUGAUGGUAUUACACAGACAAGGAUAUAGUUGUACAGUUGGUACUGAUAUUACACUUAAACAUUGUCAACUAAAUGAAAGACCAAAUCCUGGUACUAGUUUUUAUAAAUUAAAUAAAAUUAAUAUAACUAAAACAACAUUAACUGGGACGAGAACUAAAAAGUAUUUAAAAGAUGGCUUUAGAAAUAUUAAUCCAAUGCCAAUGGAAAUUGAAACUUAUAAUGUUGUCUUUUUACCGUGAUAAGACUUUUAUCUUUUUAAUUAAUUAAUUUGAUAUUAAAAAUUUAUUUCUCUAUUUUUGUCUCUUCAAUUCUUUGAAUUUACUUUUUUAAAAAUUAAAAUUACAAUUAUAGAAAUUAAUUUUUUAAAGAAAAAUUUCUUAUUUCUCGAAGGAGUAUUUUAUUCUUUUUUUAAAUUCAUGAAUAUUUUACUAGAAAUGUCUACUGUUUUUUUUUUUUUUUCCUCAAGAAACAACUCAACUACAUUUUUCGUGAAAAAUUAAUUUUACUUUAUAUUUUCUCUCGAAAUUUUAUAGUUGAAAUAAUAAUUAUGAAAAGAAAUUUAUUAAAAUUUCGUACUUAUUUUCGUACUAUCGUUUUUUAUAUAUAUAAAAUUUUAUCUAAUUAAAAAAGAUUUUAAUUUAAAAAAUACUACAAUGAUAAAAAAAAAUCAUAAUUAAAUAUUUAAACGCGGACCAUCGCAAUUAAUUUUUUAUAUUAAAAAACCAAAUAUUUAUAAGGAGAAAGAUUGUUUGUCAAUUUUAAUUAAAUUGACGUUUGAUGAUUAUAAAUGUUCUUCCAGUAAAAAUAAACUAUGAGUUUUGUAAAUGAAAUUUACACAUUGAAAAGAUGAAACAAAAUGAAAUAAAUAAAAGACAUUAUUGUAAAUAGUAGUGAAUAAAUGACGAUGAUAUUAAAUUAUCGGUUUUCUUAUUAUUUUUUCAUGUUAAAUAAAUGGGUCAUGAAAAUAAUAAAUUGGAUUAUAUAUUAGAGCAUGAGAAGCUCGUGACUCGUUUAUUUUACUUGAAAAAUUAAUUUUACAAUAUAUAUGUAUAAUUGUGUUCAGAAUUAAUAGCACAAUUGUGUUUGUGCAAUUAUAUUUUAACUCUUCCCAAUUUUUUUUUUAUACAUACAUUCUUAAUUAAAAUAAUUUUUAUUUAUUAAAAAAAAAAAAAAAAUACCUUUCAGUAUUUUAGCCUUGCAAGGAUAUAACUAUGUAAUUUAUAAUCAAAUUUAUUUUACACUAUAAUAAUAAAAAUUUAUUGUUAUUAUUAUUUUUCCGUAAAUAUUAGUUUAAAAAAAAAAAAAUGAAAUAAAAAGUAAAAACCAUUUAAUUAAAAUUGUUUUAUGCGAUAAAAAAGAAAUUAAAAAAAAUUAAGCUAACGAAUAUUUCCUGAUUUUUUCGAUAAAAAACACAGUUUAACAGUGUGUAUGCGAUAACGUGAGUUAUAAAAAUUAAUCAACAAACUAUUUGAAGGAAAAAAAUAAAUGAAUAAAAAUAAAAAAAAAUGUACUAUCCACAACGCCUAACUUUACCAAACUGUAAACUUAUUUUUCAUCUCAUAAAAUUCUUUGAUUUGUUUUUUUUAUCAAUUUUUAAACGACUCAUUAAAUUCCGACCGAAAAAUAAAAACGCUUAUUGCCAAUCACACACAGGAUAUUAGAUGAAAUCUUUGUGAUGAUAUAGUGUAUCAUAAAAAAAAUAAAAAAAUAAAAAAACUAUGUGUUUGUGUUGUCCCUAGGUAAAAAAAUAAAUAAAAAUAAAUAAAAAUGUAUGAAAGAUAUAAUAA